UAUGUCACAGUUCGGUCGAAUUUUGUACUCAUUCUUCCCGGAGCCAUGGAAGUCUGUCAAACGGUGGAAUGCAUAGCAACCUCCCAGAAGAUACUGAGUGGUAUGAACUUCAGCGUGGAUCCCUGCACCGACUUCUACAGCUACGCCUGUGGCAACUGGAUCGAGAACCAUCACAUUCCCCCGGGCACGAACAGCUGGACAGUCUUCUCCGAGCUUGCGCAAACGGCCGAAUUCUUUGCAAAAGAACUCUUAGGUAAUCUUUUGUUUUUGCGAAUCACCCCUUCCUCCCCGCGCCUAUUUUCUAUAUUCCCUCCAAACCUCGCAGUUGGGAUUUUACACAACAGCGUGGCUGUCUUGUACAGCUACGGCGCGAAGUCUUUGGAGCUGCGUAAAAUAAGCGAUAUUAAGAGGCGUAUUGUAUUGUACUUGUGA